AUGAUCAAAGACAUCAAGGAGAUGGUCCCUCUGAUGGGGAACAAGAAGCCGGGUCCUCGGGAGACUCCGCCAGCGGCCGACCAGGACAAGAGGGCUGCUGAAGGUGCCCCCGCCAAGAAGAGUUCGCACUUUUUUCUUGAGAUCGAAGCAUUUGAGAGCAACGUAUCACCAAGCCGGACGUCUCCCCCCAUCUUCUCCAAGCCGAUGGACUCCAACAUCCGCCCGUGCGCCUCUGCCAAUUGUGAAGAUAUGGAUUCUCCGCAGUCAAUCCAGGAUGAUAUGACUGAAUAUACCCCCAAUGCGGAGAGUUCUUGCACCAAUUCAACGCACAAUGCUCAGCAGAACAAUUAUCGCAAGAAGCUGAAAAAAUACCUCUUCCGGGCGGUUUCGGAAGGAAACCUGGAGGACCUUCAGAGGCUCCUGGUGGAAAUGAAGGAUCGGUCCCAGAGGUGCCAAAACCUGACAGUCCAAGAAUAUCUGAUGAAUAAAAUGACCUCUUCAGACACCGGGAAGACCUGUCUAAUGAAAGCCUUGUUAAACAUCAACCAGCAUACGAAAGAAAUUGUGAAUAUGCUUCUCUCGUUCGCAGAAGAGAACCAAAUCCUUGAAAAGCUUAUUAAUGCAUCCUACACAGAGGAAGCCUAUAGAGGACAGACAGCCCUAAAUAUUGCGAUCGAGAGACGGCAGUACGACAUCACUCAGACCUUGAUUGAGAAAGGGGCGGACGUCAACGCCCGGGCGCAGGGCGUGUUCUUUAAUCCCAAACGCAAGCAUGAAGGGUUUUAUUUUGGUGAAACACCCUUGGCAUUAGCAGCGUGCACCAACCAGCCAGAUAUAGUGCAGCUCUUGAUGGAGAACAGCAAGACGGACAUCAUGUCCCAGGAUGCGCGCGGGAACAAUAUCCUCCAUGCGUUGGUGACUGUGGCGGAAGACUUUAAGACGCAAAAUGACUUUGUUCGGCGGAUGUACGACACCAUCCUUUUGAAAAGUAGAAGCCGGGAUUUGGAGACAAUGAAGAACAAAGCUGGUUUAACGCCUCUGCAGCUAGCAGCAAAAACCGGGAAGUUGGAGAUUCUGAAGUACAUUCUCAGCCGAGAGAUCAAGGAGAAACCCAUCCGGAGUCUCUCCAGAAAGUUCACCGACUGGGCUUACGGCCCCGUCCAGUCGUCCCUUUAUGACCUCACAGAAUUGGACACCACUUCAGAGAACUCACUCCUGGACAUCAUUGUCUAUAAUACAAAUAUCGGGAAUCGGCAUGAAAUGCUGGCUCUGGAACCUCUUCACUCCUUGCUCCGGAUGAAGUGGAAACGAUUCGCCCGGCACGUCUUCUUCCUGUCAUGCUGCCUUUACUUCUUCUACAACCUGAUAUUGACAUUGAUCUCCUAUUACAGGCCUCACACGACGCAGCCCCCACCAUACCCUUUAGCACUGAUUGGAGACCUGAACUGGUUGCAGUUGGCAGGACAAGCCGCCGUCAUUUUGGGAGCUGUGUUCAUUGCCAUUAAAGAAAGCGUCGCCCUCUUCUUGCUACGGCCUUCUGACCUGCAGACGAUUCUGUCGGACGCCUGGUUCCAUUUUGCCUUUUUCAUUCAAGCUGUGCUGGUGAUCUUCUCGGUCUUCCUGUACCUUUUCUCCUACAAAGGGCACCUCCCCUGCCUCGUCCUGGCGAUGUCCUUAGGCUGGGCCAACAUGCUGUACUUCACGCGGGGGUUGCAGUCCAUGGGGAUCUACAGCGUCAUGAUUCAGCAGGUCAUCUUGCAUGACGUGAUCAAGUUUAUAGUCGUGUAUCUCGUGUUUUUGUUUGGAUUUGGCGUAGCUCUUGCGGCCUUGGUCGACUCCUGCCCCGAAGACAGCAAGUGCAACGAGUACAGCGUCUUGGGGAGCAUCGAGAUUGACCUGUUCAUGCUCACCUUAGGUCUUGGUGAGCUGGAUGUCCCCAAGAACGCCAAAUACCCCAUCCUCUUCCUGCUGCUUCUCAUCUCCUUCGUGAUCCUGACCUUCGUCUUGCUCCUCAACAUGCUCAUUGCGCUGAUGGGAGAAACGGUGGAAGACAUCUCCAAAGAGAGCGAGCACAUCUGGCGGCUGCAGAGAGCGAGGACAAUCGUGGAAAUCGAAAAACUUCUCCCCCAAUUCCUGAGGAGGAGAUUCCAGCUCGGGGAAUGGUGCAAAGUGGCCGACAGUGACAGCCGGUUAUGUUUAAGGAUCAAUGAAGUCAAAUGGACAGAAUGGAAAACCCACGUGGCCUUUAUCAAUGAAGAUCCCGGCUCGACAGUUCAUUGCAGCAGGAUGCAGGACACAUCAAGGAGUAACAGCAAAACCACCCUGAAUGCAUUCGAAGAAAUUUAUGACUUGCCAGAGACUACCGUUUAG